CACCACGCUGCCUCGUGAAGUACUGACCAGGCCAUCAACGCGACAACGGCGCCGCAUCCGCUGCACCCCCUGCACUUUGUCUCUCUUCGGAGAUCCCGCCGGGUGACUUCGAGUGCUCGCUAUGCACCAUCCAUAGACUGCGACGUCCAGCGAGGUCGUGUAGCAGCAACAUUCGCGUUGACGGUCCAACACAGCGUACAAUCCACCGUGUUCGACAUCGCGUUCAUCCCGAAGGCGCGUUCGAUAUCCAAGCGUGUCUCGUACUACGCGCUGGAGAACUAUAUCUUAGACUCACUUCGAAGAAAAGGCGGCUCUUAGCAAGAUGGCUUCCAAGCGGAAGGCUGCGGCAAUGGCCACGCCUGUGACAGACGAGCCUGUCGACCCCUCGGAUGAACUGACCUUUCUCUGCUUGGGAGGUGGCAAUGAAGUCGGCAGGUCCUGUCAUAUCGUGCAAUACAAGGGGAAGACGGUGAUGCUUGAUGCUGGUCAACACCCUGCGUACGAUGGCCUUGCUGCCUUGCCCUUUUUCGAUGACUUUGACCUGAGCACUGUUGAUGUUCUUCUCAUUACACACUUCCACAUUGAUCAUGCCGCAUCGUUGCCAUACGUUUUGGCGAAGACGAACUUCCGAGGACGAGUGUUCAUGACACAUCCCACGAAAGCCAUCUACAAGUGGCUUAUCCAGGACAGCAUCCGCGUGGGCAACACAUCUUCGAACCCGACGUCGCAGCCUGUCUAUACAGAACAGGACCAUCUCAACACAUUUCCUCAGAUUGAGGCGAUUGACUACCACACAACACACACGAUCUCGUCCAUACGAAUCACACCAUAUCCGGCUGGCCACGUACUGGGAGCAGCCAUGUAUCUCAUCGAGAUUGCUGGUCUGAAGAUCUUCUUCACUGGGGAUUACUCGCGAGAACAUGACCGGCAUUUGGUAUCCGCCGAGGUACCUAGAGGUGUGAAAAUCGACGUGCUUAUCACGGAGUCGACCUACGGCGUGUCCACCCAUGUUCCACGCAUGGAAAGGGAACAAGCCCUGAUGAAGACAAUCACCAGCAUUCUCAAUCGUGGUGGACGCGCACUGCUUCCUGUCUUUGCAUUGGGCAGAGCUCAGGAGCUGCUCCUCAUUCUCGACGAGUUUUGGGAUAAGCACGAAGAGUACCAGAAAUUCCCGAUCUACUAUGCCAGUAACCUGGCGCGCAAGUGUAUGCUGGUGUACCAGACUUAUGUGGGAGCAAUGAACGAUAACAUCAAGCGUUUGUUUCGCGAGAGGAUGGCUGAAGCCGAGGCAUCAGGUGGCGCUGCUGGGCGGGGAGGCCCGUGGGACUUCAAAUACAUUCGGUCGCUCAAGAGCCUUGACAGGUUCGAGGACGUCGGAGGUUGUGUAAUGCUUGCCGCUCCUGGUAUGCUUCAGAAUGGUGUAAGUCGAGAGCUGCUUGAAAGGUGGGCACCCAACGAGAAGAACGGAGUCAUCAUCACGGGUUACAGCGUCGAAGGGACCAUGGCCAAGCAGAUUGUUCAAGAGCCCGACCAGAUCCAGGCAGUCAUGUCCCGCAACACCAAUGCGAUUCGCCGGGCGCCAGGCGCCGACUCUGAGAAGGUGUUGAUUCCUCGAAGGUGCAGUGUUGCCGAAUACUCUUUUGCAGCUCACGUGGACGGCACCGAGAAUAAGGACUUUAUAGAAGAAGUCGGGGCUCCAGUGGUGAUCCUGGUGCAUGGCGAGCAACACAAUAUGAUGCGCUUGAAGUCCAAACUGCUUUCGCUCAACGCCAAUAAAGUCGACAAGGUCAAGGUCUUCAGCCCUCGGAACUGUGAGGAGCUCAAGAUCCCAUUCAAGACAGACAAGGUCGCCAAGGUUGUGGGAAAGUUGGCCUCGAUCCCGCCGCCGCAGCUGCUGCCGACACCAGAUGACCAUGGGGCAGACCUCGUCUCCGGCGUCAUUGUGCAGAACGACUUCAAGAUGUCGCUCAUGGAUCCAGAGGACCUCCGCGAGUAUGCAGGCUUGACCACAUCCACAAUCGCAUGCAGGCAGCGCUUCACACUGAGCGCCGCCGGCCUGGACCUGAUCAAAUGGGCGCUGGAGGGUACAUUUGGUAGCAUCGAAGAACUGCCCGAGUCCAAGAACCGUCAGGAAAAGAAUGGGGGAGCGACGAAUGGUGGUGACAAGGAGAUCAGCUCGGAGGAGGAGGAGGCCGAUGAGGAAGUCACACAACCCGUGGCUGCAUACCUCGUGAUGGGCUGUGUGACUGUGCGUUACCGCAGUAAUGGCGAAGUCGAGCUCGAGUGGGAGGGCAACAUGCUUAACGAUGGCAUUGCUGAUGCUGUCAUGGCGGUGCUCCUAUCGACCGAGAGUAGCCCCGCUGCUGUGAAACAGUCAUCGAGCAAGCACUCUCACACCCAUGCUCUUCCCACGCGUAAUCUGCACGCCAACACGACUCCAGAGGACCGUCUCGAUAGACUCUUCAUGUUCCUGGAGGCACAAUUCGGCAAGGACAACGUCUCGCCAGUAGAACUACCCAAGCUUGCGACACACGGCGACACUGGCGAUUCCACGACCACCAAAGUCGUAAAGACAGAAGAGGGAGAAGCUGAUUCAGAGAUGGGCGAAGCUGAAGACAAGGACGAGGAGGAGGAGAGGCUCCAGAAGCGCCAGAAGGCGGAGCUCGACCGGCUGCACAAGCUGGGAAUUCCUGUGCCGGGAGUCGCCAUCAAGGUUGACAAAAUGUCGGCGGUGGUCUGGCUGGAGGACCUCGAGGUCGAGUGCGCCCAGAAAGUAUUUGCCGACCGUGUCAAGGCGGUCGUUGAGCGCGCUGUUGAGGUUACGGCUCCGCUUUGGGCUUGAAUUUCCUUGUGCUGCUCAACGCCGCGGUCGAAAAGUAGCCAAAGCCGCUGCUGAGGCUCGGCUUGGAGCUCAAUGGGGCAUGUACAUGGCGACAUGAUUAAAGUAGUCGCACAGAGAUAUCAGGGGCAGAGCAUGAGAGACCAUAGAAGAAGCUCUCAUCAUCUGGAACAAAUUAUGCUGUUUAUGCUCACGCAUUUCGCGAACAUCGUCAUGACUUCAGUGCUUUUUUUUUGUUAAUUCUGACAGGCGGCCCGCAAGACACGCUCCUGCAUGUAUCACCUCGAGAU